AUGGCUACAGUACCGUCAGAGCCUCCGUCCCGUGGCCUCAAAAAUAAAGUCGCGAUCGUAACUGGAGCAGGCUGCGAUGGUGAUGGAAUAGGAAACGGCCGUGCGAUAUCGAUCAUGCUCGCCGAUGAGGGCUGCCAUGUUCUCUGCCUGGAUUUGAACAUGGACUGGGCGCAGAAGACUGCGGAAAUGGCAGCGUCAAAACCGCAUCGCGGAAAAGCAAUUGCAAUCCAGGCCGAUGUUACCAGGGCCAGCGAUUGCGAGGCAGCAGUGGAUAAAGCAAUGCAAGAGUUCGGCAAGCUGGAUAUACUGGUGAACAACGUAGGUGUCAGCGGUGCACCAGGUACGGCAGUUGAUGUCGACAUGGAGGCAUGGGCAAAGGGACUUGAGAUCAACGUGAGCAGCAUGGUGCAGAUGACGAAGUACUGUGUACCGGCCAUGCAAAAGAACGAAGGCGAAACGAAAGGCAGCAUCGUCAACAUGGGUUCCGUGGCUGGACUGAAAGGCGGCACACCACAUCUGUUGUAUCCGACCAGCAAAGGUGCGGUGGUGAAUAUGACGAGAGCGAUGGCUGCGCAUCACGCCCCCGAUGGCAUUAGGAUGCUUUACACACCCAUGAUGUAUGCAAGUGGCAUGAGCGAGGAAGCCCGAGAAGCUCGAAAGAAGAGAAGUUUGCUGGGUACAGAAGGCAAUGGCUGGGACGCAGCAUGCGCUGUAACCUUUCUGAGUUCAGAUCAUGCGAGAUGGAUAACGGGUGCGGUUUUGCCUGUCGAUGCCGGCGCGACAGCCGCAGUGGGCAUCGGUAUGCCAAAGAGUGCCAGUGUCAAUGGCUAG